GCUGCUUAUUAGAACGAUUAUCAGAGUGACUUUCCAGCAAACACAUGUGCUUGGCUUCAUUUAAAGGUUAAAGUGUCGACCUCCUUGUCUGACGAACCCUUCUGAAAGGCCAACGUUGAUUGGGGCUAAGCCGUUCUACUUUGCUACGUGCAUUUUUAUUGGCAGGGCUGCACCACAUCGCCACGGACUGCUUAGGCUUUACUGACUCCAGCCCUCUGGCGCCUUGGGCGUCAGGGGGCGCCUGAAAUCCCAGCCCACAAACUAGGACCUCUUAGUUCUCACCAUGACGAGCAAUAUUCGUUUCAAGUUCCGUGCUGAGCUCAGUUACAGCAACUUGCCCUUCGAUGGCCACUACAUUACAGUCGGCGAGCUGAAACGGCUUAUCGCCGAAAAGAAGGGCCUUGGCAUCGAUGCGGCGAACGAGCUGCAGCUUACGGAUGCGACCUCCAAGCGGGACUAUGAUAAUGAUGCAGAACAGGUUAUGAAGAAUUCAGCGGUUAUCGUGAAACGCGUGGCAGCAGCAGCUCGCCCUCGGACUAUAAUCAGUAGUUCAGCAGCACCUGCACCGGCCCCUGCACCAGUUGCUACCGCGGCACCAACGCUCGGGGCGAUAAGCUCCACGGAUCUGGGCGCACAACCUCACGUUGAGGACGAAUUCGGCGACGAUCCUCUGGCCAAGGCAGCCACGGCACAGCAGGAUGAGCAACAAAUGAUGGCUUUCCUUGCUCAAGCUGCUAAAGGCGUGGCAUUGGAGGGACAACUGGCGAUGCAAUCAGCACCAUUUGGCCGGGGCGGUCGGGGCCGCGGCCGCGGCUUCGGUCCUGGCGGCGGUCGCGGUGGCCGGGGUGGCUUCAUGAACCGGGAGUGCUUGCGCUGCGGUCAACCCGGCCACUUCAUCAGCGAGUGCCCCACACAGGGAGACCCAGCUUACGACAAGCGCAUCAAAGUACCCUCCGGCAUCCCGGCUUCCAAGAUCCAGCGCAACGCAGACGGCAGCCUUUACCUGCCAGAUGGGGAGCUAGGCGAGCUCGCUGCCAACACGCAGGCCUUCAACCGGCUAGCAGCCCUGAUGGGCCGCGGUCCCGCAGCAGCAGCCGAGGCCGCCCCUGCCGCUGCCACUUCCGCCCAGCCCGCCCUACUAACCGCAGGCCCCUCGGCAGCGCCCAGCAAUGCACCGGCGUGGCAGCAGCCCGGAAGAGCUGCAGCGGAUGCAGCUGCUCGUAACGCCGCGGCCCUACAGCAGCAACAACAGCAGCAGCUGUUGCUGGCUCAGCAACAGCAGCAGCAACUCCAGCUGCAACAACAGCAGCAGCAGCAACAACUACUCGCAUCUGCAGACAUCAAAUCAGAGCAGCAGGCCGCUGGUUCCGCUGGCGCUGCUCCUGACCUAAACCAGCAGCAACAGACGGCCAUGACCGCACCUGCAGACCAGCCCAAGCAACAACCUGAGCAGCAGCGGGUUGAGGUCAAGCCGGCAGGACCCCAGCUCUUCGAUGAUGAUUUUGAUGAGCGUUCAAAACAACCCCUUCAGCAACAACAACCCGUUCGUCUGGGCCUCGGCAUGCUAGCAGACGACGCGGCUCGGCGGUCCACCUCCCCCGCCCCCUCGCUCCUAACCGGUGCUGCGGCGGCGUUGCGUGAAGGCAGCGCUGCUCCGGGCGGCAGUUCCGGAGCCGCUGCUAAUGCCGCGGCGUUGCCAGCUGCUGCAGGGGAGCGAGGACGAGGUGCCGCUGCAGCUGCGGGCAACGGCUUCCGGAGUGGUCGGGACGGCGGUGGUGCGGGUGGCGAGGGCGAUGUGCCUGCCUCUCUGCGCGGAGUGGGCUGCAGCGAGCGGGAGCUGAUGACUGCGCUGCCCUUCCUGCGGGAGCUGCUGCCCGGGGAUAUGGCCAUGACGGACCUGUUCAGGGCCUUUGGCAGCGGCCGGCCGCUCUCCCGCCGCGAGUUCCUGGACCUGCAGGCAGCCGCCAAACAGGCCGCGGAGCGCUCCUCGCGGCCGCGGCGGGACACCGGGGGCCCCUCGCCCGCACGCCUCGGCUCCAGCUCCCACCGACGAGAUGAGGACUCCCUUGCUGCCGACCGCCAGGGCCGCAGCCAGCACGGCAGGCCCGGCAGUGGUGGUGGAGGUGGUGGUGAGCGGGGGAGGCGUAGCCGCAGCAGGUCGCGAGGAGGGCGUUCAAAGCGGUCUCGAUCUGGGUCACGAUCACGGUCCAGGUCCCGGUCCAGGUCCCGGUCGCCGUCUAAGCGUCGGCGGGGGCGGGAUGAGUAUAGUGGAGGCGGCGGGGGUGGGGGCGGGGGUCAUGAGCGUGAUCGGGACAGGAAGCGAGGCGAGAGGGAGCGCGAUCGAGAACGCGAACGGGACCGAGACCGUGACAGGGAUAGGGACCGGGAUCGUGAUCGCGAGAGGGAGAGGGAGACGCGAGAUCGGGAGCGCGAGGCGGGUCGGUCUCGGGGGCGGGAGCGGGAGAGCAGGCGGGAGGCGUUGGGGUCCUCACCCGUGGUUUCACCGCGCGAGGUGGAGGCGCGGCGGAAGCGGUCGCGCAGUCCGCCCAGCGGAGGAGGAGCUAGAGGCGAGGGCGGCAGGGCGGCUGCUCGGGGGGUGAGAGGCCGGGAGCCGGAGGACGGUCGCGAGCAGUCGGGGAUGCGACGGCAGUCAUCCCGCUCCGGCGCCGCGGCGGACAAGGGUGCUGUGGGGGCUGGCGAGGAGGACCGGCAACGCCGAGAAGAUGCGAGCAAGGAGCCGCGACCAAGCGACCAGGCGAAUGCCGAUCCUGCAGAGAAGCGCCGUACGGCAGACGGUGACGGCGGCGGCGCGGCCGCAGGCACCCGGUCCGGUCUUGCGGAUGCCAAUGCUGACAUGUCGCCCUCUGCCACCGCUGCGGCAACUCCGAGUGGCGGCGAGCCGCGGCGUAGCGUGUCUCCUCCCCGCGAUGGGUCGGCGGCUGAGGAGGGAAGUCCGGCUAGGCGGCGUGUCAGCGGGGAUGGCGGCGGAAGCAGCAGCAGCAGCAGCGCGAGCGGCAGUGACCAGAGCGAGGAGCGGGGCGGCGGCGGCGAGGCAGCUGCGGAGAGGGAGGCGGCGGGCGGAAGGAGGUCAAGGUCGACGUCUGCUGACAGGAAAUCCGGAGACCGAGAAGCAGCUGCUGCAGCAGCUGGAAAGAGGGCGGCUCCUGCGCCCGCACCAUCUCCGCGCCGACCUGAGGCAUUUGAGAAGCCAACCACCGCAACUGCUGCUGCUGCUGCCGCUGCUCCCCGUGCUGCUGGUGCUGCCUCGGACCGCAGCCCACAACGCAACCGAGGUCAAGCAGGAGUCCGACCGGAUGAGCAGAAGGUGGGGGUGGGGGUGUCGGAGGAGGAGGAGGAGGAAGAAGAGCAGCAGCGUAAGGAGAGGGGUGGUCGCGGCGGAUGCGGACGUGAGGAGGAGCGGAGGCGGCAGCAGCGGGGUCGUGGAGACGAUGACGAGGACUAUUCCGACCGCAGCGUGAGCAGCAGCGACCGGGAAGCGGAGGAGCAGGAGGAGGACGAUGGACGAGGCAGGGCCAGGGCAGGCAACAGGGCUGGUGGUCGGGAGCAGCCGCAGGCUGCACCCUCCCAGCGCGACUCCCAGCAGCAGCAGCCACGACAGCAGCAGCCCUCUGACCAGCAGCAGCAGCAGCGGGAGGCUGCUGCAGCUGCAGCUCGGGGCAACAGCCGCUCUCAUCGCUCUCCGUCGCCCCCCAGUCGACUGGACUCCAGGGGUGGCGGCGCUGAGGGCGGUGGCGGCGACGGAGGCGGCGGCUACAGCGACCGAGAUGGCGGCGACAGUGAACGAGAAGAGCGGCGGACGCAUAAGAAGCACAAGAAACACAAGAAGGAGAAGCACAAGGAGGGCAAGAGCGGUAAGGAGGGCAAGAAGAGCCAUCACAAGCACAAGGAGAAGAGCAAGGAUAAGGGCAAGGAGAGGGAGAAGGAGAGGUCCAAGAGCGGCAGGGAGCAAGCCCGAGGCGGAGGCGCAGCAGGUGGGGAGCAGCAGCAGCAAGCAGGGGCUGUACGGCAGCGAAAGGACGACAGUUACAAUGAGGAGCGAUACGAGGAGUAUGAGGACGAGUUGCCGUACAGCGAUGCCGAGUACGAAGACGACCACUACGGCGCCCCUGCCCUGCCCACACGCAAGCCCCCCAUCCCACCGUCGCAACGCACCGGCGGGGGCGGCAACACUGCCGUCACCGCCACUGCCGCCGCUCCUCGGCGGGGCACGACGGCUACCCGCAGCCGGAGUCGCAGUCGUACCCCGCCUCGUGCUGCCCGAGGCGGCGACGGCGGCGGCGGCGGUCGGUACGGCAACACUCGCCGCGGCGGCGGCGGCGGUCGCUCGGAUGACGACAGCGAGUACGAUCGAGACGACGGCGGUCGCCGUGGCGGCGGUGGCGGAGGUCCCGCUACGUCGUCUCAGCAGGGUCAGCAGAGUAGUCUGGGAGCGACAGCGGGGGGUGCGAGCAAACGCAGCCGAGUGGAGUGGGCGGUGCCUGCAGCCUCCAAGGGACGAGGAGGAGCAGCAGCAACAGCAGUCGCCGCCAGUGACGGACCCGGCGGGGAGGCAGGAGGCGACGGAGGUGGUGCCGGCGGCGCUGGCGGCGGCAGCCGCGGCCCCCCGCGUACGACGGGUUUUGGAGCGCUGCGAAUGAUAAGCCAGACGUUGGGUCAAGCGCUGCAGGAGCAACGACGUGGGGCUGGCGGUGGCGCAGGAGGAGGAGGAGGAGGAGGACGUGACGAGGGCGGUCGCGUCAGCAGGCGUGAGCGGGAGGAGAAGGAGCGCGAGGGGAAGGAGCGGGAGCGUGGAGGGGAGGAUGUGAGGGGGCGGGGUCGAGAUCGUGACAAGGAGCGAGGGCGGGGAGGUGGGAGUCGGGACAGCGAUGAGGAGAGGCCACGGAGGCGCUACCGGGACUAGGUGGCGGGGGUUUUAGGAAGGAGGCGCGUGUGGAUGUUGUGUGUGGAUGUGUGUGGGGGAGUGGAGGAGGGGUGUUUAGGUGCGUAGUGCUGUGGACGUAGUGCCGUAGAGAUCUACCCGGUGGGUGGGAGGGGUGUCAGAGAUACACCUAACCGUGGGAAACCUAACACAGGUUAGGGCGAAAAGCAGUGGAGAUAGAGGGAAGCAGUGGGAGGGAGGAGGGGCGCCGAGAGGUCGCUUACGCUCUCUGCCUUCAAAGCAGCAGAACAGGAUAUCAAUUUAUCCGAAGGGCGGUGGGGACGCAUUAGGUGUUAGGGUAGAUGUGCCCCUGCUCUCAUCUAGAGCGUGUCGUAUAGAGUAGGCAGACAAGCAAUAGACAAGGGUGCUUUGGUGCCCGUCAAUCUUUGCUUGGAUCCUUACAUCACGAUGACUGAGGGGGGCUGUGUAGUUAGGCAGGCGGCACACGCUGGGGCAGCCGUGGAGCGUCAGCAGCGGAGGCUGGCUGAGAUGGCAGCAGCUUCAGUAGCUGUUCAAGUGUUGUUCGGAAGCAGAGCUGGGCAGGGGAGUCGUACGUCUCAUACAACUGGCUGUCUGCCUCUAGGGCAGCUGCUGCUCUAGGCAUUUCACCAUGUGGUCUGGCUGUCUCGACUGGGGAGGUGGCUGUGCGUGUGAGGCGCCGUGGGGCCGACAAGGGCGCUGGGUGCAUGCGAGCGGUGCUACUGCUUGCAAGGGGAGUGUGCGGUGGUGGUAGUGCAGCUGCUAGGAGUGGCUGCUGAUACGGCAGUAGCGGUGAUGGGUGAUGGAUGGAUCAUGCAGACUCUCUGUAAGGAAGAAAGGAUAA